AUGAUGCAGCAGAUCCUGCAGGAGAUGUUCAUCGAGCCGGAGCUGCUGGCGGAGCUGAACGAGGAGCAGAAGCAGAUCCUCUUCUACAAGAUACGGGAGGAGCAGGUGCGGCGCUGGAACGAGAGGGAGAGCCGCGACCCCAAGGAGAAUGUUGGACUUAAAAAACCUUCUGAAUGUGACCGGCGAGGCAUCCAGUGGCUGCUGGGCCGGGACGGGGACGUGUGGGUGUGGGUGAUGGGAGAAGCGCUGGGUGACAAGUGCUAUGAGGACCUGGUGGAGGAGCUGAUGGAGGAGAGGGCCAGGAAACAGGCCCAGCUGGAGGCACAGGAGCUCUGGCGCGUGAAAGAGGCGGAGAUCGAGAGGAAGUUCCGGGCCGCCAUGUCGAAGGAGAAGGCGCGCUGCGUGGCCGGGAAAUGGAGGGAGGAGACGGACGACAGGAGGGCGGCCAAGCAGCUGGAGGAGCUAAAGAAAUGCAAGGAGGCGGAGAGGCAGCGAGGGGAGGAGGAGAUCCGUCAGCGGGAGGAGCGGAGGGCCAAAGAGCUGUACAUCUGCCUGAAGCAGGAGGACAAGAGGAGCGACCGCGACGAUAAGGAGUGGCAGGAGCAACUGAAGCGCUCAAAGGCAGCAGACGAGGAGAUGAAGACGAAGGCUAGGCGUGCGAGGGACGAGUACAAGCGGCAGUCUCUGCGCGCCAUCGAGAAGGGCCUGGUGGCCGGCCUCAGCGGACUCUUCCAGAAGACACAUCCCAACAGCAGCACCAGCAGCAGCAGGAGGCACAGCGCCAUCAUCGAGCAUCCAUCCUCCGCAACCAACAAAACAAAUGUGUCGGUUGCCACCAGUGCCCCACCCACUGCUGCCUCCACCCCCUAUCGACGACACUACAGGCCGAAUCGCCGCCAUAGCAGCCCGGCAACACAGUCCGUCAUAGAUUGUCCAGUGUGGAUCCGGCCGGCUAGGCCCAACACCCGCGAGUCCAUCCUGCGCUGGUUCAGAGAGGAGCAGAGGCCCAAGCGGGCUGGCUACGAGAGAAACAGCAGCACACUCGCACCCUGGUUUCACGGCAUCAUUUCCAGGCAGGAGUCGGAGUCUCUGCUGAUGAACGCGACCGAGGGCAGCUUCCUGGUGCGCGUGAGCGAGCGCAUCUGGGGCUACACGCUGUCGUACCGCACAGCCACCGGCUUCAAGCACUUCCUGAUCGACGCCUCGGGAGACUACUACAGCUUCCUGGGCGUGGACCAGAACAGGCACGCCACACUGGCCGAUCUCAUCGACUUCCACAAGGAGGAGGUCAUCACAACAUCUGGUGGGGAGCUCCUUCAGGAAUCGUGUCGUCCGAGGAGUACCAAUGUGGACUAUGGGGGCCUGUUGCUGCUGCCCCCGCCCUGA